CGUCACAUAAAGCGCCGACUAAGUCAGCGGGAUGAUUGGUGUGCGCUGUGUCCUGGGUUGUGAAGGCACCAACAUGUUACCUUGUCCGUGACUGUCGGUGACCGCAGCUUUGGCUGGAGGAGCGACUUAAUCGGUGUGCACGAUGAGCACUUUAUGGAUGGGAAACCUUGAACCAUAUAUGGAUGAGAAGUUCAUUGCCCAAGCCUUUGUCACUAUGGGAGAGACUGUGACAGGAGUGAGAAUAAUCCGCAAUAGAAUUACUGGGAGCACUGCAGGCUACUGCUUUGUGGAGUUUGCAGACGAGGUCACAGCAGAAAGAUGUCUUCUGAAAAUCAAUGGAAAACCUCUUCCAGGAGCCACCCCUCCAAAAAGAUUCAAGUUAAACAGAGCUACUUAUGGAAAGCAAGCUGAUAAUAGUCCUGAGUAUUCUGUGUUUGUUGGUGACUUGACAUCAGAUGUGGAUGAUGGAAUGCUAUAUGAAUUCUUUCUUAGUCGGUAUCCAUCUUGUAGAGGAGGAAAAGUUGUUCUGGAUCACUUAGGUAACUCAAGGGGUUGUGGUUUUGUGAAAUUUAUGGAUGAAAGUGAGCAGAAACGGGUCCUUGAGGAAUGUCAGGGGAUACUGGGACUUGGAGGAAAGCCUCUACGACUGAGUCUGGCAAAAGCAAGCAAGAUUUGUCCAACCUCAAUGGGUUACCUCCAAACAUGUGACUACAACUAUAACCAGUACUAUGAACAAUACCAGAAUUACUAUGCACAGUGGGGCUAUGACCAGAAUACUGGCAGCUAUAGUUACAGUUACCCUCAGUAUGGCUACACACAGAGCACCAUGCAGUCCUAUGAAGAAGUAGAAGAUGAUGCCCUUGAAGAUCCAGCCCCCCAUACUGACGUUGAAGAAGCUAAUAGGCAGUUUGUGGAGCAAAGUGAAGAACUUUAUGAUGCAUUAAUGGACUGUCAGUGGCAGCCACUGGAUUCUGCAAGUGCUGAAAUCCCUGUGCACCUUUAAAUAGCGAUUCAAAACAAAAGCAGCUUCAAGCAAACUCUUAUCCUUCUUGUUUGUUUCUUCUGUGAAAGUGGCAAAUGAACUGCAACCACUAGUUGUGAACAAUACAUAACUGUACUUUUUUAGGUGUGUUGGCAUUAAAUGCUGUCAUCGUGUCUGUC